AUGGCACCACGGUUGAUUCCGCCGCUUCUGCUCUUCACCCUACUGGGGCGCCGCGAUAAUGUGCGCGCCUCAACGGUGCUUUUCACCCGGGCUACAAGGCAACCCACCGCUGCGUUUUCCGAGCUAGCAUUUGCGGUGCCACCGCCGGCGGCGGCUCGACCUCCAGCGCGUAGCCCGGCCGGCGGGGCGUGGACCAGCCGCUCCUCCAAUAGAGUGGUUUCUUCGACGACACGAGGAGAUUCGGAACGAAGCGGGGUCUGCCCGCUGGCGCUGACGCGGCGGGGACGGGCUGACACCACCGCGACCGCGCCGCCGCCGUCAUCUUCGCUAUGGUGCCGGAGGAAGAGCGCCGUCGCUUCCGCGGCAGCGGCGGCGACGGCGGCAGAGGCAGAGGCAGAGGCAGAGGCAACGAGGGCAGCCCCGGUCCGCUUAGAGCCACUGGACGCCGGCAGCAAGGGCGGGCGGAAGGGAGGCGGCAGCAGCGCAACGGCGGCGCCAUCGCGCCAGCAUAAGAAGAAGCCUCGGUCGUCGCCGCAAAGGAAAGGAUUGUCGCCGGCCGCGGUGGCCGCCGCCAUGGAUCCUUACCCCACAGGCUCGGCGUUCGUCGCGACCCCGAUGACCACCGCCGAGAGUGGCGGCGGCGGUGCCGACCAAAAAGUGGAUGCCGUGGCUCCUCGUGCAGCAGCUGCUGCGCCUGCCGCCGCUCGGAGACCGAGGAGCAGCAGCCACACUCCCAACAGACGGACGGGAGGAGUUUACACCCGCAAGACCGCUCGCAACCGGAGGGGCGAGGGUGCCAAGAAGCAGAGGUACGGGGACGUGAGCGCCAAGAGGGCGAAGGCGUUGAGGACCGGCGGCAAGGCGUUCCUGAUCGUUUGCGACGCCGAGAGCAUCACGUCUCCCGAGCUGCUGGAGAGCAUCGACAUCCUGGACGAGCUGGGGACCAGGGACGUGGGCGUUAUCUACGCCGAUUGGAACAAGACUCUGGACUGGCGGUCCGAACUCUUCGGUCGCUCCAAGGCUCGCGAUUACAAGCUCCUGCAGCGCGAGCCCCUUCCGCCAGGAUCGAACCCUCUGGGAGACGACACGAUGACGGCGGAAGUGUUGGCCCUCGCGAGAUCGGAAGAGUUGAAGAAGUACGAGUUCUGUCUGCUGUCGGCCGACGGGUCGCUGUCCGAGUUGGCGGCUAAGCUGAGGGGCGAAGGUAGGGUGGUUAGGGGAGUCGGGAGGAGACAAGCUCCCAAGGAGUUCGUGGAUAACUGCGACGCGUUCAUGUACAUCGACCCGGCGAAUCGAUACGAGUUGCUGGAUAACGAAGGACUGGUGAUCUCCGUGGCACUGUGCAUUGCACUCGCGGCCGCGGGUCAGGAGAGGUGUGACUGGGUACGGAUGAAGACCAUCGUCAACUCUCUGCACGCCUGGGACCUGGGUUUGGAAAGCCCGAACUACUUUGGGUACUCGGACUACGACGAGAUGGUGGUUAAGAUGGACACCUACGUGGCCGGGGUGGAGGACACAAGCGGCGAGGUGGUGAUGAAAGUGCCGCCAAAGCCUAAGGCGGGAGAGGUCCCGAGGGGGCUGGAGGACGUGGCCACCUACCUCUACACGAAAUGGGUGUCCUUCACCAACGAGCCCCGGAUGAACGACAUUCUCCUGGCCUGCAUACCGGCGUGCUUACAAGCGCUGGCGGUUGCAAGGGGAGAAAUGGACGUUGCCGUGAAGCGCUUCCAGCAGGGCGCGCUGCCGUUGGAAAGCUCGGACUAUCUCAUGGAUCACUAACGACUGAUGAUGAGCUGAAUGGUUCUUCAUGGAUGGGCCUACCGGUUUGCAGGGUCGAUCCUGAGUUUGAGUUUGGUGACGGGGGUGCUGUUGAACGUCGUGUGUUGUUGAGUUGAACGAUUGGUCGGGUCUGUUUGUUCGUGGAUGAGGCAACACGAGCGACUGCUGUAAAUGUGGAGCAAUUAUGAAGCAAUGGGCAGAUGGUAGCGUUGUCAUUGGGCCAUCCAUUGCCGUGUGUGCAGGAGAGGGAGGAGUCCGUGUCCGCAAAGACAAGACGGAUUAGGUGAAAAAAAGACGAAAUGGGAAAGGAUAGGGCUGAGACUCUCUCCAUCCAUCUUGCCUGUUUGUGCAUUUGGUCGAUCGUGUGUUGCGUGUUUUGGAUUUUUUUGGCAAGCAUUUCUUGCUUGCGUCAUGUGUCUGAUGUUGUUGUCAAUUUGCUAGGUCUUCCUCCUUGCGGUGUACAGGGCGAAAAAUCACGCCGCCUACCGACAGAUGACGCUGUUGGCAUAGGUUUUUGUUUGUCCACUUGUUUCCCGAUGAUGGUGAUGGAAGUCUUUGUUGCUGGGUCAUGUCUAGCGUUCUGUUUUUUGUGUGAGUGUAAGGGCGUGCCUUUCCUUUGUACGAACGAACACGAAACGGUAAAGCCGCGCUAGUCUCACGCUUUCCAUCAUUGUACACCUUCUUGCAUGUACAUAGUGUCCCCACUUGCAUGAUUGUAAUGUGUCCUGGGGGAUACACAAAGUCUGGCUGUCGCAACGAUGAUAGCGGCAGUAAUUGUGGUAUUAUGAAAUAUCGGCGGCGGCUUCGCUACUAAACAGUAGGACUCGUCCGGACUGCAAACAAAUAGCACAUGUGCACGGAACACAUCGAGCUCAAAGUAUAAUGUUUUUCGUGUGAUUUCAUGUCAGGAGAAACGUGAUCAGUACAUUGUAGUGUACUCUGGCAUAUAAAGAGGAUUGAUGAUAUACCCGGUCGAACAAUCUUGUUGGUUGUGAAGACAUUGCGAUAGCUCCCAUCGCAGGGUCCUCGGCAUUCUCAUGUGUACCCUUCCAAACAGUGCAGCACUCGUCUUCUGAGGGACGUGGUUACGUAAGGUCUCGUCGAUCGUUGCCGUUGCCAUUGUUGCUGUUGGAGUGCUUUCCUCAAAGGCAAUGUUUUGCUCAGUUUUUGUCCCGAUGCCCGAGACACGUUUUUGUCCUCGAGUCGUGCUUGCCUCUCAUGACGACUUGGUUCAGUACUCAAGAGGACACCUUUUUUUUUUUACAUGAGAAAUCAGGCUGCCUUCGAUUCGACUUGUAAUUAAGGGUGACCGCUCUUUCGGGAAAAUGCUGCCCAUGGGG